AUGAUACCCGACCUCGCUACCUUUGCCUCACCGACCUUCCAAACCACAGCUACAAUCGACUGCGUCACCGCCAAAGAAAGCCUGUCCGCCGUCUUUGGAAGCUUCUCGACAGUGACGGCAACAUCCGACCCGAUUCAGAGCUCUAUCAAGCUGCAUCACUCACCUCACCGCCCUUUCUCAACCUCUGAUUCAGCCACGGCGAAUCGACCAACCUUUGGCGUACAGCGAAAGCAUCUGCAUCAAUCUCACGACCUUCUUGAACGACCCGCUACCGCCUCCUCCGUCCACACAAUCCGCCGAACGCCACGCUUCGAAGCUUCCCCGUCUCCCCGUCCAGAGCUCGAUCGUGCGCCAAAGCUUGAUAACGAGUUCGACCCGGUUAAGUCCGACGUUCGGCUCGCUCCUUCCCCAGAGAUCUUCCCAAAGCCUCCCAAAGGCCCGCUCCCUCGUGCUCCCGGUCAGGCCAAGGCUAAAAAGCAACGCCGACUAGCUCGAAAGCUCUCCCAGGAACUUAGUGAGGAGGACGACGACGAGUCCUCGGUAAGGUCGUCGUCUCGACUAAGGCAACCCCAAACUUCCAAAUCAUCGGACAGCUACGUUCCCCAUCCGCUACUCCAGAUAUCGAAGCGCACCCAUAGAGCCAUCUUAUUCACCCUCGAAGAGGCGCUUCGAGGCCCGUACUCCUUCACCCCAGACAUCACCGAAGAGCUGGCGGAAAUGGCCGACCUACGUGGAGGCCACGAGCCUCCCACCUCGAAUGGCAAUGUCUCCGCCCAGGCCCGUCCUGCUCAUCCCUCCGCUACCGGUUCCCCUUCGGGCAUUCGCAGCCCGCGUAUGAUCCUCCGGGAUCGUAAUGCUAGGGAGGCCGCUCGCCGCGCCGAGCAGGAGCAGAUCCAGAUGGAGCGAACGCGUAUGGAACAGGAGCAGCUGCGCCUGCAGCAGGCCCGAGCCGAGGAUGAGGCUCGAGCAUUGGAAGAAGCCCAGAGACGCAAUGUAGAACGCCGUGUCACCAGCACGGCUGCUACCGCUGCUGGCGGUUCUAGACACCAAACCGGGGGCCCCGGACAGCGGCCCCUGAGGCGACAUGAUCGCCCGACCACCCCCGAUCGGGGUGCGUUGCGUGUGCCUCAAGGUGUCUCCCAACCGUCACAGGGCCGCCCGAGCCGGACUACCGGCGCAUCCGGCCAUGCCCAACAAUCCUCUUAUCCCACCCCCGGCGCCGGCACGAGCGGCGGCCCCUUAACCCGCGGCGCCGCUUCCGCGACCAACAUCAAGACCCAACCAUCCCAGCAACAGUCCCAAUCCCAACAGCAGCCCCGCACUUCGUUCCCCCAUGCCUUUGAGCGGUGGGAGACGCUCUCCGCUCAGUGGGAGGGUCUCACGAGCCACUGGAUCCGACGCCUGGAGCUAAAUUCGAGUGCCAUCGAGUCUGACCCCGUCUCCCAGCAGCUCUCCCGCCAAGUCACGGACCUCUCUGCCGCCGGCGCUAACCUAUUCCACGCCGUCGUCGAGCUGCAGCGCUUGCGUGCCAGCUCCGAGCGCAAGUUCCAGAGAUGGUUCUUCGAGACUCGCACCGACCUCGAAAGGUCUCACGAGGAGAACGCUAUGCUGACUAGCCAGAUCGAGGAGCUUCGGAAUCAGCUCAACGACGCAAGGAGCCGCACCCACGAGCGAGACAGCGCCAACUCCAUUGUCCAGAAGCAGUUGAGUGAGAUGAAGAAGGAACUCUCUAUUUCCAAGGAAGAAGCCCGUCGCGCCUGGGAGGAACUAGGACGUCGAGAACAAGCCGAACGCGAGCACACCCUUUCCCUCCAAGCAGGCCAGCCCACGAUUGUGGGCGGUGUCCAAGUCGUUCCCAUGAUCCAGGGCGGCGGCAUCAGCCGUCGGCCCCCUGCCCAGCCUAUAACCACGAGCGCGCCCGAAUCGUACUACAGAACCGCCGCAGCUGACGCACCUCGGCCCACCGCGGGUUAUGGCCAGCACGGCUCGGAGGGUGGCUAUAGUGAAGAGGACUAUGAUCCCGCCACCGCGCAAGCCGGUUCCUACGCUGUUGCCACGUCGGGCGAUAGCCAGUGGGCUGCCGCCUACGCGCCCCAGACAGAUUACACAGGUGCUGGCUACGGCUCUGGUUGGGAAGCCAUGCCUCGGCACCACCAUCCGACGAGACUGAGCGACGUCCUCGAAGAGGAAGAGAGCCGGACAAGCGCAAGCCAAGUUAGCCGUCCCUAG